AUAAUAGGGACGCAUAUGCGUGCGUGCGGUGGCGUGGAUAACAAACAGCCGCGUAUAUAGCCAUUUUUUUAAUAACGUGCGCUCAGCUGUAGAAUUUUUAACUACAUUUUAGACCAUUUUGAUUCAUAUUGACGUUUGUUUUGUGAUUGCACAUGCCCACCCAUCUUAAGUCAUUUUCACCCGGAAGGCGAAUUCGCAAGAUUUUAUAAAGUGUGUUCAACACCAGUCUUUCUUUUGCAUCUCCAAGGGAACUCGGGGGAAGAGAGAAAGUGCUGGCGGUGGCUGGCUAGCAGGCGUAGAGCUAGCUACCAUCGCGGAGUGGGAAGUGCGUGCGUGAACACUCAUCCGGCCUCAUCAGAAGCCGGGAGCUGGAGUUUGGAACAACAGAAGUGUCGUUAUGGCGGUAAACUUGGACAAGGAAGCCUAUUACCGUCGAAUCAAGCGCUUAUACGGCAACUGGAAGAAGGGAGAGGAUGAAUUUGGAAAAGUCGAUGCCAUUGUCGUCUCUGUAGGAGUUGAUGAGGAAAUCGUCUAUGCCAAAUCCACUGCUCUACAGACAUGGCUCUUUGGGUACGAGUUAACAGACACCAUCAUGGUGUUCUGCGAGACAAAGAUUCUCUUCCUGGCCAGCAAGAAGAAACUGGAAUUCCUCAAGCAGGUUCAGAUCACCAAGGGGAACGAGAAUGCCAACGGCCUGCCUCCAAUCACGCUGCUGGUCAGAGAGAAGAACGAGAGCAACAAGGCCAACUUCGACAAGAUGAUGGAGGCCAUCCGCGGCAGCAAGGAGGGCAAGACGGUGGGCGUCUUCAGCAAGGACAAGUUCCCUGGGGACUACAUGAAGAGCUGGAACGACACCAUCACCGCCGAGGGGCUGGAGAAGGUUGACAUCAGUGCAGUGGUGGCCUACACCAUGGCUGUUAAAGAGGACGGAGAGCUGGCUCUGAUGAAGAAGGCUGCCACCAUCACCAGUGACGUCUUCUCCAAGUUCUUCAAGGAGCGCGUCAUGGAGAUCGUCGACGCCGACGAUAAAGUGCGUCACAGUAAGCUUGCGGAGUCCGUGGAGAAGGCUAUUGAGGAGAAGCGCUAUCUGAGUGGCGUGGACCCCUCUACGGUGGAGAUGUGCUACCCUCCCAUCAUCCAGAGCGGCGGGAACUACAGCCUCAAGUUCAGCGUCGUCAGUGACAAGAACCACAUGCACUUCGGGGCCAUCACGUGUGCGAUGGGCAUCCGCUACAAGUCCUACUGCUCCAACCUGGUGCGCACCCUCAUGGUGGACCCCACGCAGGAGAUGCAGGACAACUACAGCUUCCUGCUGCAGGUGGAGGAGAACCUGCUCAACGAACUCAAGCACGGAGUGAAGCUGUGUGAUGCCUACAACGCGGUGAUGGAGUUUGUCAAGAAAGAGAAGCCAGACCUCGUCAGCAAGCUGACCAAGAACCUUGGGUUUGCCAUGGGGAUCGAGUUUAGAGAAGGGUCCCUGGUCCUCAAUGCCAAGAACCAGUACAAGCUCAAGAAAGGUAUGGUGUUCAGCGUGAGUCUGGGCUUGGCUGAUCUGAUCAACAAGGAGGGCAAGAAGGAGGAGCAGAAGAAAUAUGCUCUCUUCGUCGGAGACACCGUACAGAUCAACGAGGAGGAUCCAGCCACAGUCCUCACGCCGGUGAAAAAGAAGAUAAAGAACAUUGGUAUUUUCCUCAAGGCUGAAGAUGAAGAAAGUGAGGAGGAAGAUGACGUGGAUCCAGAGGACAUCCUCAGCAAAGGAGUGCGACCCGCACUGACGGCCGACAGGACAAGGAACGAGUUGACGGCGGAGGAGAAAAGGCGGGCCCACCAGAAGGAGCUGGCGGACCAGCUGAACGAGGAGGCCAAACGCAGACUCACGGAAAAGCAGGGAGAGCAGCAGACGCAGAAGGCCCGUAAGUCGAACGUGUCGUACAAGAACGUUUCCCAGAUGCCGCGGGAGAAGGACAUCAGGGAAAUGAAGAUCUUCAUCGACAAGAAGUACGAGACGGUCGUCAUGCCCGUCUUUGGCAUCGCCACGCCCUUUCACAUCGCCACCAUCAAGAACAUCAGUAUGUCGGUGGAGGGUGACUACACGUACCUGAGAAUAAACUUCUACGUGCCGGGCAGCUCUCUGGGCCGCCAGGAGGGAAACAUCUUCCCCAACCCGGACGCCACCUUCGUCAAGGAGAUCACGUACCGGGCGUCCAACCUGAAGGCCCCCGGCGACCCCUCGGUGCCUUCCACCAACCUGCAGAACGCCUUCCGCAUCAUCAAGGAGGUGCAGAAGCGCUACAAGACGCGCGAGGCCGAGGAGAAGGAGAAAGAGGGCAUCGUGAAACAGGACUCGCUCGUCAUCAACCUCAACCGCAGCAACCCCAAGCUCAAGGACCUCUACAUCCGGCCCAACAUCGCCCAGAAGAGGAUGCAGGGCUCGCUCGAGGCACACACCAACGGCUUCCGCUUCACGUCGGUGCGUGGUGACAAGGUGGACAUCCUGUACAACAACAUCAAGCACGCCAUCUUCCAGCCCUGCGACGGGGAGAUGAUCAUCGUACUGCACUUCCACCUCAAGAACGCCAUCAUGUUCGGCAAGAAGCGGCACACGGACGUGCAGUUCUACACUGAGGUGGGCGAGAUCACCACGGACCUGGGCAAGCACCAGCACAUGCACGACCGCGACGACCUGUACGCCGAGCAGCUGGAGCGUGAGAUGCGGCACAAGCUCAAGUCGGCCUUCAAGAACUUCAUCGAGAAGGUGGAGGUGCUCGCCAAGGAGGAGCUGGACUUCGAGGUGCCCUUCCGGGACCUCGGAUUCCAGGGUGCCCCAUACAGAAGCACUUGUCUCCUGCAGCCCACAUCGAAUUCACUCUGCAACGUCACUGAGUGGCCUCCGUUCGUGGUGACUCUGGACGAGGUGGAGCUGGUCCACUUUGAGCGCGUGCAGUUCCACCUGAAGAACUUUGACGCGGUGAUCGUCUACAAGGAGUACGGCAAGAAGGUCACCAUGAUCAACGCCAUCCCCGUCAACUCACUGGACCCCAUCAAAGAGUGGCUCAACUCUUGUGACAUCAAAUACACAGAGGGGGUGCAGUCGCUCAACUGGACGAAGAUCAUGAAGACCAUUGUGGACGACCCGGAGGGCUUCUUUGAACAGGGUGGCUGGUCUUUCUUGGAGCCCGAGAGCGAGGGCGAAGGAGCAGCGGAUGACUCUGAGUCGGAGAUGGAGGACGAGACCUUCAACCCCUCCGGUGACGAUGAAGAAGAGGAGGAGGAGGACAGCGAUGAAGACUACUCGGACGAGUCGGAGGACUCUGACUACAGUGCGUCCCUGGGCAGUGAGGAGGAGAGCGGUAAAGACUGGGAUGAACUGGAAGAGGAGGCCAGGAAAGCUGACAAAGAGAGCCACUAUGAGGAUGAGGAGACGACCCACAGGAGUGGAGGAGGAGGAGGAGGAGGCGGCGGCAAGAGGAAGGGCCGUCCGCCACCACCUCCCCCCAGCAAGAAGCGACGGCGCUAGUCCUGUCUCACUGUCUCUCUCACACAUACACACACGGUCACGUACAUGCAUACAUCCAUUACACACACAAAAACACACUGCCAAAAUUUCAGCCCCCCUGCACACCCGCCCGCCCCACCCACCUGUACAAAAUUUGUACAGGCACGAGGACAUGCGUUGUACAUACAUUACAUUACCCGUGGGCAGCUCUCUUCUUCUCUUCUCUUCUUGUCUCUUCUCUUUUCUCUUUGCUUGGCGGAGUUGGUGCAUCGCACACAGGUGGAUGUUUUCGGUCUGUCUUGGAAUUCUCUGGUCACCUGUCUCCUCUCUUUCUCUCUCUUCUUUUGCUCUCUUUCUUCAUUCCUUCAGUUCAUCUCUCAGGUGUGUGUGUGGGAGAGUGUGUUUGUGUGUGUGUGCGCGCGUGUAGAAGGAAUGGUGUGUGUGAAUGAGUGUAUUGAACAGGGUUUUUAUCAAGAAAGUUGUCCCAGAUGGGUUUUUCUUUUUCCCUAAUCCAGCAACACAUUUUCUCAAAAAUGUCCCCAUCUCCCUUCCCUGCCAAGAAUUUUAUGAAGUUUGUUCCAGCAUCUUUCUCUCUUUACCACUCCAGUUUCAUUGCCUGCUAAGAGCGCUCAGCGGUCGAGAUAAAGUUCCGGGGGGGUGCACAGUUGUGGCGGCUGGGGAAAGAAUGGGGGAUAAGGGUUGGGUUGGGCGGGAAGGCGGGGAGGGUGUUUCAGAUUUGUGUUGAUCAGGUUUCUUUUUCUUGUUUCCGUUUUGUAAUGGGGGGGAGGGGUUUGACAAUUAUCUAUACAUACACACAUGCACUUACACACACACACACACACACACACACACAACAUACAUUGACCUUUCAUUAUGAACAUGCUUUUCCCCUCUUUGUGUCUGUCCACUCUUGAGUGUUAGACUCGUAUAUGUUUAAUUGAAAGGAGAAUCUUUUUUUUCGGUUUUGAUUUUUUUUUUUUUUUUUU